UCUGCCAAAAGAUGCCAGGACACUAUUAGGAACAGUGUGUUCCAACAGAUCUGAAAUACAGAACAAGGCUGGUGGCCAGUACUAUCAUUUUGGCCUUCUUUAAUCUAUUUCAGGGGUACUCUACAAGAACAUGGACAUUCUGAGAAACAUGAGCAAUUUGGAGCUCCAAGUGAACAUUGAUGGUCUGCCUCUCUAUAAGAGUUCAGCAAAUCAAUUCUGGCCUAUUCUCGGAACUGUUCAAAACUUGGUGCAUGAGGAACCGGUGACAAUAGGUUUAUUUUGUGGUGCUGGCAAACCUAGCUCACUGGAUGAGUAUCUCCAAGACUUCAUCUGUGAAAUAAAAUAAUUGGGUAAGGGUUUUGAAUUUGAGGGAGUUAAGUUAACACUAAAGAUUACCUCGAUGGUUUGUGACGCACCUGCACGUGCAUUUCUAAAAAAGGUCAAAGGACACACAGGCUACCAUGGGUGCGAAAAGUGCAUUCAGGAUGGCGUUUACCUGGAGAAUAGAAUGACCUUCCCCAGAAAUGACAUGCCUCUUAGAAAUGAUGAGAGUUUCAGAAAUAAAACCGAUUCAGAUCACCACCAUGGCACCUCACCCCUGGAAGAAACCUUACUGGACAUGGUCUGUGGAUUUCCCCUUGAUUACAUGCACCUUGUGUGCCUUGGAGUCAUGAGGCGGCUUCUCCUCUUGUGGCUUCGGCUGGGUCCUCUCACGUCCAGGCUGUCAGGAUUCCAAGUCUCUGUUCUGACAGAAAGAUUGCCCAUGGAAUUUGCACGCAAACCAAGGGCACUGAGGGAAAUAGAUCGAUGGAAGGCGACUGAAUUUAGACAAUUUUUAUUGUACACAGGCCCGGUUAUGCUAAAAGAUCUACUCACCACAGAGGUGUACAAAAACUUUCUGCUAUUUUUUGUUGGAAUUUUCAUCUUGAGCAGUAACAGCCUAAUUGGAGAUCACAUUGACUAUGCCAAUGAUAUUCUGCGACUAUUUGUCACACACUUUGGACAGCUAUACGGCCCCAAAUUCCUGUCCUACAAUGUUCACUGUCUUGUACAUCUUGCAGAAGAUGCAAAGCACCACGGCGUCCUCGACAACUUCAGUGCUUUCAAGUACGAGGACCACCUGCACAAGCUGAAGAGACUCCUGCGGAAACCUACAUGUCCACUGAGUCAGAUUGUAAGAAGGUUCUCUGAAAUGCAAAGGUGCAGCAAAGAAAAAGAGAAAAACAACCCACAGCUUCUCAGAAAACUACAUACAGCUGGCCCUCUAACCGAAUCUUUUCAUGGAGCUUCACAGUACAAAGAAAUAAAAACAUGCUCUUACACUCUGAAACUGGACCAGGCUAAUAGUUUGGUUUACAUUGGCAGUAAAGUUUCAAAGCUGCAAAAUAUAAUUUCAGUGAGGGAUGAAAUUUAUGUGGCCUACAGUACCUUCAACAAUCAUGAACUUUUUUGACUAUCCCCUUCCAUCCUCGGCACUUGGUAUUCAUCGAGUUGAUGACCUCUCAAGAACAACCAACUUAUUUUGUUUCAGUUCCUCUUUUACACAAACAAUAAUUAUUCUUUUUCCUUUUGAAUGUAUGUGUUUUUGUUUUGUUACAUUUAUUUUGUGUAUUUGAAUCAUGCAUAUGAACAACUGAAAUUUCAUGAAUGUUGUUAAACAUUAUGGGGCUCUAGGUUGUUGCAGCUUAAAAAAAAACCCCAAAAAAACAAAAAACAACAACAACAUGUACCCGAUAGUGGAGUUUGUGGGAGAAGGGACAACUGGACCUGUAGCAAAGUCCUGGUACCUUGGUGGCCUCCAUUCAAAGACUUGGACCGGUUGCUAAAGAGUGUCAGGAUGAUGGAGGCACCACAGCCAGAUAAAGGGUGGACCAAACAUCAGGCCAGAAUUCUGCACGAGUCAGCAUCUUUUGACAAUAUUUCCAAAAAAAUGGAAAAAGGCAUGCUACACUUCUGACAUUUCCGAAUCUGAAAUUCCUGGAAAAAGAAUUUACAAGUUAGUUGUCAAUGUUUUCUUUCAGUUGACAAACAGGGCAGUGUUAUUACCCAACUAAUCCCGCUUUGUAAAAUAAUUUAAUUCCCUGAUUUUGCUCUCGGAAAGAAAAUAUACUCAUCAGAUGAUGAGCCUCAUGAUA